CUCAGUUUGAUAUCACGUCCUGGUCGUGGGGUUAUUCUGACCCUGACACUGGCGUUGCAUAUCUCUCUAUCUCACAGUGUGGCUUGUGCAUGACACCAGCUCUUACAUACUGAAGAAACUCGAAUUGUCGACAGACUGACCGUGACUAACAUGGCUCUCAUAGUAAAUCACACACAGUCACAAGCUGGGAUGCGCCGAGUCCCAGCCCAGACCUGCCCGCAGACAGGGUCGUCAGCCUCCAUCACUUCAGCGACACUCUCACCACCUGCGUGAUCCUCGAAGGCGGUGACAUUGUGACCAUCCAAGAAGAUGAUCACGGCGCCGACGUACAGAUCGAGAUCGUGGGGUCCAUCGACGCUGGCAUCGCCGCCACGCGGUGGUCCCCGGACGAGGAGCUCCUCGUCGUCGUCACCAAGGAACGCAACGCCGUCUUUAUGGGCCGGACGUUCGACCCCAUCGCCGACGUGGUCAUGACGGCCGACGACCUCAAGCUCUCCAAGCACGUGUCCGUCGGCUGGGGAAAGAAGGAGACGCAGUUCCAGGGCAAAGGCGCAAAAGCGAUGCGCGACCCGACGAUCCCCGAAAAGGUCGACGAGGGCCUGCCGAGCGUCAACGAGGACGGGUCCGCGGCCGUCAGCUGGCGCGGGGAUGGCGCGUACGUCGCCGUCAACUCCGUUGCUGGUGACGCGAGGCGGGUCGUGCGGGUGUACUCCCGCGAGGGCGUGCUCGACAGCGUCAGCGAGCCUGUAGACUACCUCGAGGGCGGGCUGAGCUGGAGACCAUCUGGAAACCUGAUUGCGGGUAUCCAGAGGUUCGAGGACCGGACUGACGUCGUCUUCUUCGAAAGAAACGGGCUGCGGCAUGGGCAGUUUACAGUGCGGUGUGCCGAUGGGCCCUUGAGCUUGCAUGAGAAGAUCCGGUUGGAGUGGAACUCGGAUUCGACUGUCUUGGCUGUGAUUUUGAGUGAUAGGAUACAGCUGUGGACGACAGGCAACUAUCACUGGUAUCUGAAGCAGGAGAUUCCGCUGGCAUCUGCGUUUGCUGGGUUGGCGUGGCAUCCCGAGAAGCCGCUGCGUUUUGCGGCCGCCACAACAUGUGAGUUUCCGGACCCCCUUUUCGCACACGAACUUGACUUUGCUGACUGGCUUAUAGCUAUCGUGAACGUGGCCGAGUACAUCUUCACCGUCUCCCGCGGUUCCCUGAGCCCUCCUCACGACCAUGGAGCCGUCGCCGUCAUCGACGGACAGACUCUCAAGCUUACGCCCUUCCGGACGGCCCAGGUACCUCCGCCCAUGGCCCUCUUCGAGCUCGAGUUCCCCAGCAGUGUUCUUGACGUCGUCUUUGACCCAAGCAACAAGCUCAUGGCGGUGUUGCACCGAAAGGGGCUGGAUGUCUAUGAAUGGCAGACAAAGGGGGAGCGGUCAGUCAAGCCCACGCUCAAGGCCAAGCUUGAGUUGGAGGCGAACGCCAUUACCCGUGUGCCUUUGCAGGUUGUCUUCUCUGGCGCCGCAGAGUGCCGCGUCCUCGUCUCCGACGGAGGUCUGAAGCUCGAGAGCUACACAAUCGAGGCAAGCUCCAUCAGCGACUCAGGGGCUACUCAACUUAGACCGACGGAGACUAUCUCGUCGCUGUUCAGCCGUGAGGGAGACUCUGGUGUUGAAGCCUGUGCCCAAGACCGCUCUGGAAAGCUGUACUCGGUAGCUGGUACCCAAGCCCCUGAGCUGCUGUUGGGAAUCCAGCUUUCGAUGCAGCUGCCGUGGUGCGAGCUGCACAAUAUCAACGGGCGCAGUGUCGGGAUUGGAAUGACGAGGAACGGUCACCUCUAUGCCAACUCCAAACAGCUGGCCAAGAACUGUACCUCUUUUGUCGUCACCCCUGCGCAUAUUAUUUUCACGACCAAUAACCACUUUGUCAAGUUUGUACAUCUGGUAGACCCUGAAGAGAUGGAGGUUCCUGGAGAUGAUCCAGAGAUCGAUGAGAGAUGCCGGAGCAUCGAGCGAGGCGCCCGCCUCGUGACAGCCACGCCGACCAAUAUGAACUUGGUUCUCCAGAUGCCGAGAGGUAACCUAGAGACCAUCUUCCCCCGCGCCAUGGUUGUUGCGGGCAUCAGGCAGCUCGUCGAUGAGAAGAACUACGGCAGGGCCUUCGCCUUUUGCCGUACGCAGAGGGUGGACAUGAAUAUCCUCUACGAUCACCAGCCGAGCCAGUUCCUGUCCAAUGUCGGUCUGUUCCUUGACCAGCUUAAGGAUAUUUCCUACAUUGAUCUGUUCCUGUCAUCUCUCAGGGACGAGGAUGUCACGCAGACAAUGUACAAGGACACAAAGCGCUCCGCAAGAUCAUUCGACCCCUCAACAGAGACGCUAGCUCCAGCCGACGCCUCCUCCAAGUCCAAGGUCAACAAGAUCUGCGACGCCAUCCUCAAGAGCCUCCAGACCAAAAAGAGCACAAGCCUGCAAAACAUCAUCACCGCGCACGUUUGCAAGGUCCCACCCGCCCUCGAAGACGGCCUCACCCUCGUCGCGGAACUCAUGCAGGAGGACGAGAAACUCGCCGAAAAGGCCGUCGAGCACAUCUGCUUCCUUGUCGAUGUGAACCGCCUCUACGACAAUGCCCUCGGCCUCUACAACCUCGACCUCGCCCUCCUCGUCGCCCAGCAGUCCCAGCGCGAUCCGAGGGAGUACCUCCCCUUCAUCCAGAACCUGCAUAACCUCUCCGACCUGCGCCGCAAGUUCGAGAUUGACGACCACCUCGACCGCAGAGCGAAAGCCCUGCUGCACCUCAAGGCUCUCGACGCCUUUGACGAGCUGUGCAGGUACACCACCAAGCACGCGCUCUACCAGGACGCCCUCGGCCUCUACCGCUACGACCAGGCGCGCCAUCAGGCCCUCACGGGGCUGUACGCGAGCUACCUCGAAUCGAACUCCAAGUACCGCGACGCCGGGCUCGCCUAUGAGACGCUGCAGGAUUUCGCCAAAGCCACCAGCUGCUACCGCGCAGCCGGCGUAACAUGCUGGCGCGAAUCCCUAUUCGCAGCACAACAGCAGUCUCCGCCGCCGUCGGACGAAGCCCUCGCGGAACUCGCCUCGUCCCUGGCCGACGCCCUCUGGGAAGGUAAAGAAUACGCCGCCGCGGCCACCAUCCACGCAGACUACCUCGCCUCCCUCGAGACGGCCGUGAAGUGCCUCUGCAAGGGCUACCACUUCGCUGAGGCCCUCCGCCUCAUCGCCCGCGAGCGCCGUGUCGACUUGUUGCCGACCGUCUUCGACAACGGCCUCGUCGAGGCCCUGAGCAGCAGCACCGAGUUCCUCGCGGACUGCAAGGCCCAGCUUCUGGCGCAGGUGCCCCGCAUCGCGGAGCUCCGCCGCAAAGCGGCCGAGGACCCGCUCGCGUUCUACGAGGGGGAGAGGCCCGGCGGCACGGGCGUCGAUAUCCCCGACGACGUGUCGGUCGCUACCUCGCGCGUGAGUACCUCGGCGAGUCUGUUCACGCGGUACACGGGUAAAGACGGGAGUAUCGGGACGGCCGGGACGGGCGUGUCGCGCGCGACGUCCAAGAACCGCAAGCGCGAGGAGAAGAAGCGCGCGCGCGGAAGGAAGGGGACGGUCUACGAGGAGGAGUACCUCGUCAACAGCGUCCGGCGCCUCGUCGAGCGCGUCGAGGGCGGUGCCAAGGACGAGGUUGGAAGGCUGGUCUUUGCGCUUGUGAGAAGGGGUAUGACGGAGCGCGCGAGGGCUGUCGAGGUUCUCGUGGCCGAGGUCGUUGAAGGGUGUAAGGCUGCUGUGCGCGAGGUGUUUGCCGUCAAGGAGGCCGAGCAAGAGGGUGGUGUUAUUGUCGGGCUAGACGGGGAGACGUACCUUGCUUCUGGCGGGGAUGCCGUAUUCCAGGAGCACCUUGAGGCGAGGACGAAGAAGAUGGAGCCGCCUGCGCUAAGUGCCUUUCAGAAGUUGACGUUGCUGGGGUCAUGAGUACGAGAGCCUUGCUUAGCAGGUCAAUUCGAAUGUGUCCAUAACUUUCCAUGUUCAUGUCAUUGUCGUAGUAGCUGAUGCGUAACGCUGGAUGUAUCGCUUUCCUGUGUCGCUGCAACCUGGGAGUUCACCUCAGACCACCAUAUGCGCCUCCCACCCCCCAGCACGCGAGACUCAUCUAUAACCUCAACCCUAG